AUGACGGCCCCAACCACCUCGCCUGCUGCUGAUACCACUCCCAGUGGUGACACUGGUCGCUCGAUCACCAACACCGAUCUGGCGCUCCUGAAAAACUGCCCCCUGCUCAAGGAGGACACGUUCCAUGAGUGGCGGAAGUACAUGGAGAUGUUCUUCACCUCUGUAGGUGCGGACCAGAUCUUGGACAUGCUGGACGAGCUGGACAAGGCCACGGACACCACCCAGCGCGAGGCUGUCCUGACCAAGUUCGACGCGGCGACGCCCACCUCGCGCACCCUCGAUCGCCAACUGUCCCCCCACAUCUUUGUCAAGACCGAUCCCUCCUAUCACAGUCUCUAUGACGGUCUGCGCUCUGGCAUGCGCUGUUACAUUGCAGCCAUCCGGAAGUUCCAGCGCUCGACAAUGGCCCGACGCUUCCAAGCGCGAGAGGCGUUUGUCAGCGUCAAGCAGAAGAAGAAGGAGUCAGUCGAGGACUAUGUCAAGCGGAUCCUGGAUGCCCGCAAGGUGCUGAAGGGACUCGGCGUCGAGCCCGACGAGCUUGAGACCAAGGACACUGUCCUGAUGGGCCUCAACAAGUACUACCGCAGCACUCGCACCACCAUCCUCGCUGCCACUGUCGAGCCUGACCUCGCCACCAUCAUCUCCAUCCUCUCGUCGGCUGUCCCCGACUCUGCUCAGAAUCACGAGUUGGACAGUUCAGAUGAUGAGGGGAGCAUCUCAGGUCUGGCCGCUGCCGCUGGCCGUGCGGGCCGCUCUGGCCGCCCCGGUCGAGGCGAUACUCAAGGGAAGGGCAAGGAGCGAGCGCGCAGCUUCAGCCCCCCUACCUCGGAUGGAUUUCGCUGGUGCGACCCGACGCACGACAGUCACUGUCACCGCUGUGGUCGAAAAGGUCAUAUUGCUGCAUAUUGCAUCCAUGAUAUGCCUCAGAAGGUCAGGCACUGGGUUAUGCGUCGUCCUACGGUCUAUGUCUCCGAGUCUGCCAAUGCCGCCCGACGUCACCGCUCUCGAUCCUACUCCCCCGACUCUUCCGAUUCCAGCACCUCUGAUGACGAUGACGAACGUGUCCACUUCAUGAACGACGCCGCCCCCACGCGUUACCGCUACAAGAAGAUCAUUGCUUAG